AUGGGGACAGUGGAGCGCCCCGAGAUCACGGCUGGAUUUGCCGACUUCGAUGCUGGCCAUCGGGAUCUGGUCACCGUCACCAGGUUUAACUUCUAUGGCAAUCGUAUUGUGACAGCCUCCUCCGACCACCGGAUGAAAGUAUGGGAUCUCAAGGACGGGCAAUGGCAAUUGAUAGACACGUGGCGUGCCCAUGAUGCUGAGAUUCGCGACGCUACAUGGAACGGUCCAUUCACAGGCCAGCAUAUCGGCAGUGUCGGAGAAGACAUGAAGUUAAAGAUCUGGCAAGAAGAUGUCACCCAACCCCCGAACUCGGGACGGCGUUUCAGGUCUAUCUUUCGCAUGACCGCGCCGCAAAGGCAUCCCUUUGUCUCAUUGGAUUUUCGCAACAUAGACUUGGAAUCUUGGCUAGCCGUAAUCACCCGUGAUGGCUACCUCAUGAUAAUGGAGCCGGUCAGCCCGGAUAGCCUCGCGGAUUGGCAAGCCGUGGACCAGUUCCGAGUAUGCACUGCACCCGAGCGUGGCGAGGAAACAAGUUUCAAAGUCCAAUUUCACCAGGACCCUACCGAUAUCACUCAUACUCUGUUGCCAGAUACCGAUCGGAAAAGUUUGUCGCUCAUCGUGGCUGCAAUGGACACAGUCAAGAUCUACCGCACAGAUGCAAACCGACGUUUCUACCAUGCAAUUGAACUAAAUGGACACAGCGGGCUUGUUAGAGACAUUUCUUGGGCUAAUGGCUCUGUGCGCGGCUACGAUCUUGUCGCAAGUGGCGGCAAAGAUGGCCUGGUUCGCAUCUUUGAAGUGUAUACAGCGCCAGCCGGCCAGGCAUUCCAUAACAACGGUCGAAAGGCGGAGCGUCGUAUACAGCCACAGUCCCCAUCGCUUCGGUCAACAUCACAAUCUGGGAUCGGCUCUGCAUUGGCGAGUCGAGUACCAGACUCGGCAAAUGACCGUCAAGCUAGUGGGGAUGCUCAAUUCCGACACUCAUUCAAACAAGUGGCUUGUAUUGACAGCAAACAUCUCGAUGUAUGGCAGGUUCAAUUCUCGUUCUCAGGCGACGCAUUGAUUUCUUCAGGUGAUGAUGGAACAGUGCGGUUUUGGAAGCGCUCAUUGUCCGGGGAGUGGCUCGAGUUCGCUGAAACGGACUUGGCUUCUCAAUGA